AUGUCGUGGGACCUGCUCAAGCGAUUCCUUGAGUCCGACGUCUUCAACUCGAACCCAUUCCUUUCUGUUUCUUAUUUAUCCCGUUACGCCGACCAUGUGGGCAUCCACUAUGUCCUCUGCAACAAGCUGCGACAGUUCCCCUACGAGGAUAUCGAGUUCUUCCUGCCGCAGCUAUGCCACCUUAUAAUCAGCGUCGACAAUGAGUCCAUGGCCCUGGAGGAAUUCCUCCUGGACCUUUGUGAGGAGUCUGUGACUGCCGCCCUCCUGACCUUUUGGCUCUUUCAGACGUACUUACACGAUUUAUCGUCCAACCCACAAUCCAAGGCGUUCCAGACGUGUCGAAGGGUGUACAACAAGGUGCAGCAUAUCGUGUUUGGCCUGCCGGAUGCCGCGCGACAUGAAAAGAUUAAGGAGAACAUCCUACCCGUCACGGUGCUCGCGAGUUUCGUCCUGGCCAGUGUCGCGGUUCCCCUCGUCCCGCAAUGGGCAGGGCCCCUCGCCGUUGCACAGGCCAGGAAGCCUCAGCCGUCCGACGACCUGAUAUCCAACUCCCAAGACAACAAUACCAAGAUGACAAGGUCUCAGACGGUGACGGCAGGAAGUAGCACGAGGGCUAGGCGUACGAAAGAUGGUGGACGUAUUGCGGGCGCCCCAGACUUGGUAAUCUCGGGCAACUUACCUCACCGGUCGACGGAGCCGUCCCCUUCUGGGCAGAAUUCGUCGGGCUCGAGGACGCCAAUCGAGGGUAAGCGGUUGCCAUUACAUCUUGAAAUGAAAAAUGCGGACGCACGACUUAGUUCCUCAUCACUGCCUCUCCCCGAGCUGCGAUCCCCAAGGUUGGCCAUCACCAGGCCCGCGACGCCGGUAUCGGCAGGACUCCCGCAGCGACCAGGCGACGCACUCAACAGGAGGCACUCGCAUCACUUCAAGACCGGGGCCAGUGCUGCCGAGCUAACGUCGCUGCAAAAGACAAGGUUGUUAAGACAGCAUUACUUUAGAUGCGAGACCCAGUUCCUUACUGCACUCGAGGGCAUCUCGAACCGGCUGGUUAUUGUACCAAAGCCUGCCCGUCUUAGCGCACUCCGUGCGGAGCUGGCUCUCAUUGCACAAGACCUCCCGGCAGAAGUAGACGUCCCCGUCAUUUGCCCCCCUACGCUCGUUGAUGGCUCUCCGGCAAAGAGCAGGCACCACCGAAUCGUGCGCUUGAACCCGGCAGAAUCAACAGUGUUGAACAGUGCGGAGAAAGUGCCGUACCUUCUGAUGGUGGAGGUCCUGAGGGAUGAUUUUUCGUUCGAUCCCGAGACUCCAGACAACAAGCGUCUUUUGGCCACUCUUGUGACGGACCAAGGGAACAACCGGCGCAUCUUUGACCUCUCAGACUCGCCUCGCAUACCCAUCGCACCUAGAACGCCCGAACCGGUCAUAGAUAGCGUGUUCGAACCCGUGUCCGGUGACCUUGGAAGCUCUCCCAUGCUGAAGCCGUUCGACGAAGAGCCCUCUCAAAGGUUCCAAGGCAAGCAGGCUGCGGCGGGACACAUCCAACGCCACCCAAGUAGCAACACGACUAUUUCUAGCACAAUUUCCGAUAUGAUCACUCCGCGCAGCUCGGGUGCAUCUACCUCGAGGUCUAGCAGCCCACCUGGCCCGCUUCGCAAGUUAACAAUGCCUACACGCAGCAACCCGGCUGUCGAACAGCCCGACUUUUCGGCACUCGCUACACACAUGCGCACCGCCUCGCAGAUGUUAGCUCAGCUUGAAGCUACGAGCGGCAAGCGUCCAAGACAAGAAGUACAGGCUAUUAGGGCAAAGAUCAUCGCCAGCAUGCAGAGUUUGGAAGAGCAGAGCUUCGACAUGGACGAGCAAGGGCCAACGUUUGAUACGAUUAUGGCCAAGGCCUCCACCGCGCAGGCCGCUGCGGCAGCACAGGUGACUGUCGAGCCCGAGAUUGAGGGCGAGUCACCCAUCGAGCCAGGGGUCAAUGCCGGCGCUGGACUAGCGAGAAUGGAAAACGAUAUCAAGACAGGAGGUAUUCAAAGCAAGGGAGACCGUGAUGAUCCAAGUGCGGCUGUGUUUGGUGAAGCAUGGCAAGCGAAGAAAGAGCGCAUUCGUAAGACCUCACCUUAUGGUUGGAUGAAAAACUGGGACUUGGUCAGCGUUAUCGUUAAGACAGGAGCCGAUUUGCGACAGGAGGCGUUUGCGUGUCAGCUCAUCGACGUCUGCCACAAGAUUUGGGUGGACGCCAAGGUUAACGUUUGGGUCAAGCUUAUGCGCAUCCUCGUCACUGGCGAAUCAUCUGGUCUCAUCGAGACAAUCACCAAUGGCGUUUCUCUGCAUUCGAUCAAGCGAAGUCUGACACUCUCGUUGGAGACGGGACCGGGUCAAAAACGCCGCUUCGCCACGCUUAGAGACCACUUCCUCAAGGCGUUUGGUGCUCAGGAUAGUGAGCCUUACAAGGCAGGAGUGGACGCCUUCAAGCGUUCUCUGGCCGCGUACAGCAUAAUUUCAUACAUCUUGCAGCUAAAGGAUAGACAUAACGGUAAUGUCUUGAUCGACAGCGAGGGACACAUUGUCCAUAUCGACUUCGGUUUCAUGCUGUCCAACUCGCCGGGAUCUGUUGGCUUUGAAGCGGCGCCCUUCAAGCUGACACAGGAGUACAUUGAGGUGCUUGGUGGCAUUGGGUCCGAUGAUUACGAAGACUACAAGAAACUCUGUAAACAGGCUUUCCAGGCCUUGCGACGGUCUGCGGACAAUAUCAUCGACCUGGUGGCCAUGAUGGGACGCGACUCAAAGAUGCCCUGUUACUCUGCCGGCGUAGCCCAAGCUACACACAAUCUCCGUCAACGUUUCCAACUGCAGCUCAGUGCGGACGAGGCGGAGACGUUUGUCGAGACCGACCUGAUUGGCAAGUCCCUUGGCAGCUACUACACGAGGCUGUAA